UCGGCGCGGGGAGGAGAGAAGGUGGAGAGCCACCGCGGGCCGAGACUUUAAAUCGCCUUCAUUUCCCCCAAAUCCUUCCUUUUCCUCUCCUCCCCCAGGCCGGCGGGGAGGCAGCUUCCACCGCCCUCCGCGCGCCCUCGCCCGGCCUCGCUCUGCCUCCGGGGACCGCCAGCAGCCCGCCUCCAAAAGUUUGAUCAUCUCUCUUUUUCCCCCUGCUUCUUCUUCCUUUUCGGUAGAAGCAGAAAAAGAGCGAGGCAGGGGCGAGCGCGGCGCCGGGACUCCUGGGACCAUGGGCCUGGCGCGGGCGCCCGCGGGGCCCCGGCCGCGCUGCCUGCCUGCUCGGGCGCCCCUGGGCGCGGGGCUGCGCUGGGGGCGCGGGGGCCGCGCGCUCUGAGCCGGCCUGGCGCGGCGGGGCGGGGGGCUGGCGGCCCCAUGGGGCGCGCCCACACUUGCCCCCCGGGCUCGGGAGCAUGAAGUAGGGGCCCGCCAUGGGAGCGGGAUCGGCGCGGGGGGCCCGAGGCACAGCGGCGGCGGCGGCGGCGGCGCGCGGGGGGGGGUUUCUCUUCACCUGGAUCUUAGUGUCAUUUGUCUGUCACCUGGCCUCCACCCAAGGAGCUCCUGAAGAUGUGGACGUCCUCCAGCGGCUUGGCCUCAGCUGGACAAAGGCAGGGGGUGGCCGGAGCCCCCCGCCCCCGGGGGUCAUUCCAUUCCAAUCAGGCUUCAUCUUCACGCAGCGGACCCGGCUCCAGACCCCCACAGCCACCGUCAUUCCCGCCUCCCUGGGCACAGAGCUGGCUCUGGUGCUGAGCCUCUGCUCCCACCGGGUGAACCAUGCCUUCCUCUUCGCCGUCCGCAGCCGGAAACACAAGCUGCAGCUGGGCCUGCAGUUUCUCCCCGGCAAGACGGUCCUCCACCUGGGGCCCCGGCGCUCGGUGGCCUUUGACCUCGACGUGCAUGACGGGCGCUGGCAUCACCUAGCUCUGGAGCUCCGCGGCCGCACCGUCACCCUGGUGACGGCCUGCGGGCAGCACCGGGUGCCUGUCCCGCUGCCUUUCCACAAGGACCCAGCACUCGACCCCGAGGGCUCCUUCCUCUUUGGGAAGAUGAACCCACACGCGGUCCAGUUUGAAGGUGCCCUGUGCCAGUUCAGUAUCUACCCUGUGACGCAGGUCGCUCGCAAUUACUGUACCCACCUGAGAAAGCAGUGUGGACAGGCCGACACAUACCGGCCCCAGCUGGGACCCCUCCUUCCCCGAGACCCUGGCACAACCUUCAGCUUCCAGACCGACCUUGCCCUGCGAGGCCUGGAGAACCUGACCACUGCCGCACCAGCCCUGGGGUUGCGGCCAGCAAGCAGGGAUCCCAGGGGGACUGUGGUGCCUGCCACACCCACCAAGCCCCUAAGGACUAGCAUCACAGACCCUCACCAGCGUGCUGCAGCCAGGGGCCCAGCACGGACCCCGCUGCCACCUGCCAAGCUGUCAGCCAGUGAAGUGCUUCCUCCCGUGCCCCCAGCCUCUCGUGCCGCCUCCACCACACCUGUCCAGCCAUUGCAGAAGAGCACGGCCACCGGGAGCCCCAGACGUCAUCCGGCUAGGCCUUCAGCCACUCCUCCUUCCACAGGCCCUGUCAAAAACCCCCGCCCCACGCAGAAGGCAGCUCGGCCUUCCUUCACAAAGUCAGCCCCCCCCACCAAGAAGCCUGUGCCAUCCACUUCCCACCCACUUCCUGCCAAAGCCUCCCGACCCUCCGUGAGGCCGAUCCAGAGGACCCCUGUAACGCCCAGACCUCCGCUACCCGGCGCUUGGCCCCUACUUCUGGCCACUGGAUCCUCCAAAACGCCUUUCUCCCCAGUGGGCCAGAAUGAGGCCAAGAUGAGCCGUCAUGCCAGUGAGCCAGCCACUGCCCACACCAGCACCCUCAGACAACCUCAACCCACUGUUCUGUCCCUGUCACCUGUCCCCCGUCCUGACUCUACCGGGACCACUCCACCACCAGCCACAUCGUUGCCGCCCACCCUUGCUCCUGGCUCAGGCCCCACCAGAACCAAGAAACCCUCUGGAUCAGAAGCCACAAGGAAAGCCAGACCCAAGAGCAACCCCUGGAAGCCCGUCCCCCUCAGACCUGGGAAGGCAGCCAGGGAUGUCCCGUUGAAUGAUCCGACAAACCGGCCCAGCCCCAGACAGUCCCGGCCCAGCCAGCCUACCACCUCGGCCCUGGCAUUUGCCCCAGCGCGAUUCCUGUCCUCCAGUCCCUGGCCUACAAGUCACAGCUAUUCGUUCUUCCACCUGGCGGGACCCACGCCUUUCCCAUUGCUGAUGGGACCUCCAGGGCCCAAGGGAGACUGCGGUUUGCCGGGUCCCCCUGGGCUGCCUGGGCUCCCUGGACCCCCUGGUGCACGGGGGCCUCGGGGUCCUCCUGGGCCUUAUGGAAACCCAGGCCUCCCCGGCCCUCCUGGAGCCAAAGGACAGAAAGGGGACCCAGGGCUCUCACCAGGAAAGGCCCACGAUGGGGCAAAGGGCGACGUGGGCUUGCCUGGGCUCUCUGGGAAUCCAGGACCUCUUGGACGAAAGGGACACAAGGGCUAUCCUGGACCGGCGGGGCACCCUGGAGAACAGGGGCAGCCAGGACCUGAGGGCAGCCCAGGGGCCAAAGGUUACCCUGGCAGGCAGGGGUUACCCGGACCGGUAGGAGACCCUGGCCCCAAAGGCAGCCGGGGCUACAUUGGACUCCCAGGGCUCUUCGGCCUGCCGGGGUCUGAUGGAGAGAGAGGCCUGCCUGGUGUUCCUGGCAAGAGGGGCAAGAUGGGUAGGCCGGGGUUUCCUGGAGACUUUGGGGAAAGAGGCCCUCCUGGACUGGAUGGAAACCCUGGAGAGCUGGGCCUGCCAGGGCCCCAAGGAGUCCCCGGCCUCAUUGGCGACAUGGGAGCACUAGGUCCAACUGGCUAUCCAGGACCCAAGGGCCUGAAGGGACUGAUGGGGAACAUGGGGGAGCCUGGACUGAAAGGUGAUAAGGGUGAACAAGGGGUUCCCGGUGUGUCAGGAGAUACCGGAUUCCAAGGAGACAAGGGGAGCCAGGGGUUGCCAGGGUUCCCAGGCGCACGGGGGAAGCCAGGGCCUCUGGGCAAAGUUGGAGACAAGGGAUCCCUUGGGUUUCCUGGGCCUCCUGGCCCCGAGGGGUUCCCCGGAGACAUCGGCCCCCCUGGGGACAACGGCCCAGAAGGCAUGAAGGGUAAGCCUGGAGCUCGAGGCCUGCCGGGACCCCGUGGGCAGCUGGGGCCCGAGGGAGAUGAGGGACCUAUGGGGCCACCCGGGGCCCCUGGCUUAGAGGGCCAGCCUGGCAGGAAGGGGUUUCCUGGUAGGCCCGGCCCGGAUGGCAUGAAGGGAGAGCCAGGUGACCCUGGACGGCCAGGGCCAGUGGGUGAGCAGGGACUGCUGGGAUUCAUUGGUCUGGUCGGGGAGCCGGGGAUCAUGGGAGAAAAGGGUGACCGGGGCAUGAUGGGACCCCCAGGCGCACCUGGCCCCAAGGGAUCGAUGGGUCAUCCUGGAACUCCCGGUGCAGUUGGGACCCCUGGAGAGCCCGGACCCCGGGGUCCUCCAGGAUCUCGAGGUCCACCAGGCAUGAGGGGAGCAAAGGGACGCCGGGGCCCCCGAGGACCAGAUGGACCAGCCGGGGAGCAGGGGUCCAGGGGCCUCAAGGGCCCUUCAGGACCUCAGGGCAGACCGGGCCAGCCCGGACAACAGGGUGCGGCCGGUGAGCGAGGGCACUUGGGAGUGCGAGGCUUCCCGGGCAUCCCGGGUCCCUCAGGCCCUCCGGGCACCAAGGGCCUCCCAGGAGAACCGGGCCCUCAGGGACCCCAGGGACCACUUGGCCCUCCUGGAGAGAUGGGACCUCAGGGGCCUCCCGGUGCAGUAGGAGAGCCGGGCCUUCCUGGGGAAGCCGGGAUGAAGGCUCUCAGGGGAGCAAAGAAGGUGGGCAGCCACAGAGUUACCGUCCCUGCAUCCGAUCCUCCCUGGAGCCUAACUACCCAGGGUGACCUUGGGCCUCUGGGCACCCCUGGGGAGCAGGGCCUCAUUGGGCAGCGGGGAGAGCCGGGCCUUGAGGGUGACGGUGGCCCUGCAGGGCCCGAUGGGCUGAAGGGGGACAGGGGUGACCCCGGGCCUGAUGGUGAACGUGGUGACAAGGGUCAGGAGGGACUGAAGGGCGAGGAUGGGCCCCCCGGGCCCCCUGGCAUCACUGGCGUCCGGGGUCCUGAAGGAAAACCAGGGAGGCAAGGCGAGAAGGGCCGGACAGGAGCCAAGGGUGCCAAGGGCUACCAAGGACAGCUGGGUGAGAUGGGUGUCCCUGGAGACCCCGGACCCCCUGGCACCCCAGGCCCUAAAGGGUCCCGGGGCAGCCUGGGACCAACGGGUGCUCCGGGACGGAUGGGGGCCCAAGGAGAACCAGGACUGGCUGGUUAUGAUGGACACAAAGGCGUCAUGGGUCCCCUCGGACCUCCUGGACCAAAGGGCGAAAAGGGGGAGCAGGGCGAGGAUGGCAAGGCCGAGGGGCCCCCUGGGCCACCUGGAGAUCGGGGCCCCGUCGGCGAUCGAGGAGACCGCGGGGAGCCAGGGGACCCUGGAUACCCCGGGCAGGAGGGUGUGCAAGGCCUCCGUGGAGACCCAGGCCAGCAGGGCCUACCAGGGCAUCCGGGACCCCGGGGACGUCCAGGACCCAAAGGAUCGAAAGGGGAAGAGGGACCAAAGGGAAAGCAAGGCAAGGCAGGGGCACCUGGACGAAGGGGGAUUCAGGGCCUGCAGGGGCUGCCAGGGCCUCGGGGCGUGGUGGGGAGACAGGGCCCCGAGGGUAUGGCUGGACCAGAUGGGUUUCCUGGCCGGGAUGGUCAAGCAGGACAGCAGGGGGAGCAGGGAGAUGAUGGGGACCCUGGCCCCAUGGGCCCUGCGGGGAAGAGAGGAAACCCAGGUGUGGCCGGCUUGCCUGGAGCACAGGGGCCCCCAGGAUUCAAGGGUGAAAGUGGAUUGCCUGGGCAGCUGGGCCCGUCUGGCAAACGAGGGACAGCAGGUGGAACCGGGCUUCCUGGGAACCAGGGGGAGCCUGGAUCCAAAGGCCAGCCGGGCGACUCUGGCGAGAUGGGCUUCCCGGGAAUGGCCGGCCUCUUUGGACCCAAGGGCCCUCCUGGAGACAUCGGCUUGAAAGGCAUCCAGGGCCCUCGGGGGUCCCCCGGCUUGAUGGGAAAGGAAGGCAUCAUUGGCCCCCUCGGAAUCCUGGGACCUUCAGGACGCCCGGGUCCAAAAGGCGACAAAGGCAGCCGAGGGGACUUGGGACUGCAAGGUCCGAGGGGUCCUCCUGGUCCCAGAGGCCGGCCUGGCCCACCGGGUCCUCCAGGGAGCCCUAUCCACUUUCAGCAAGAUGACCUUGGAGCAGCUUUCCAGACGUGGAUGGACACAAAUGGCGCACUGAAAGCAGAGGGUUACAGCCAUCCAGACCGGCUGGUGCUGGACCAGGGAGGGGAGAUCUUUAAAACCUUACACUACCUCAGCAACCUCAUCCAGAGCAUUAAGACGCCCCUGGGCACCAAAGAGAACCCUGCCCGGGUCUGCCGAGACCUCAUGGACUGUGAGCAGAAGAUGGUGGACGGUACCUACUGGGUGGAUCCAAACCUUGGCUGCUCGUCCGACACCAUCGAAGUUUCCUGCAACUUCACACAUGGUGGACAAACGUGUCUCAAGCCCAUCACGGCCUCCAAGGUCGAGUUUGCUGUCAGCCGGGUCCAGAUGAAUUUUCUGCACCUGCUAAGCUCUGAAGUGACACAGCACAUCACCAUCCACUGCCUUAACAUGACCGUGUGGCAGGAGGGCACGGGGCAGACCCCAGCCAAGCGGGCUGUGCGCUUCCGGGCGUGGAACGGGCAGAUCUUUGAAGCAGGUGGUCAGUUCAGGCCAGAAGUGUCCAUGGAUGGCUGCAAGGUCCAGGAUGGCCGCUGGCAUCAGACGCUUUUCACCUUCCGGACCCAGGACCCACAGCAGCUGCCCAUCGUCAGCGUGGACAACCUCCCUCCUGCCUCAUCAGGGAAGCAGUACCGCCUCGAAGUUGGACCUGCGUGCUUCCUCUGACCUCUGACCUCCUGGCUCCUCUAGGCCUUGAGGGGGAGGGAGGAGGAGGAGGCAAAGGGAGGGUCCUUAGGGGCAGGUGGGCCCAGGAGAGACAGCUCACCUGCCCAAGGAUUCCUGGGUAGGGCCCCAGCUGUCGUCUGCCCAGUAAAAGUGGCUGGGGGGUAGCAGGGAACAGUGUAUCCUUGGGACCACCUGAUCCCAGCUCAGCCCCAAAGACCGACCAAAGAGCCAGCCAGAGCAAGCUGGGCCUGCAACCCGCCUGAGCCCUGCGGCCUGUCUCCCAGCUCUGCCCUCCCCAGCUUCCUGCCCAAAGAGCCCCACGUUCUAGCCAGCUUGAGGGGAGGGGGCAUCUCGCCAGCUGGUCCCUGCCAGGGAGCUUUGAUGUGCAAUAUUAGAGAGGAGACAUGAAAAAAGGAGAAAAGGAAAGGAAGAAGUAUAUAUAUUUUAUUUAAACAAACACAGAGAAGGUGCAUUACUAUUUUUUCACCUGGGAAAGAGGUGAGGGAAGAAGCAGCCAGAGGGUGGGAAGCAGUGGAGGCCGAGAGGGGGCAGCGCGACCCUCAGGGCCGGAGGUGCCCACGCUAGCUACCUCCCACUGUGAAAUCGCUGGUGCUCGCUGUCUCAUAGUGUAUGUGAUUUUUUUUUUAAGGAAAAAAAAAAGCCUAUUUAAGAUUCUGAAGGUGCUACCAUUUUUGCCACAGACUCUGAAGAACCGUUUUGAUGUGGGGUAUCAUGCACAUGUGGUGCUCUCCUCCAAAUGACAAAGUUUGGGGAAUUUGAACAUGUUCCGAGUAUCACCCUUGUGCUCAUCAGGUAAUCGACUAAGCAGGGGGAAGGAAAAAGGAAAAAAAAAAAAAAAAAAAAAAAAAAAAAGCAAAGCCGAAGAAAGAAAAAGAAAAAAAAAUAAAAAAAUAAAAAAAUAAAAAAACCCUACCAGAAACAGAAGCAGAAAGAUUCACCUUUUUAAUUUAUGGAUUUCGAAAUGUUUGUCCUUCUAAGGCAGGGGGAGGCCUGAGCAUGAAGGAAUUUGGGCUCGGCCUGGUCACGGUCCUGGAGGGAAGAUAGGCUUAUCUUGGAAGGUGUGAUCUAAGCUGGAGAUUCAGGGGUUGAAGCCUUGACUUUGAAGAAACCAGUUUUAAGAGCGGUGUUGGGUCAGCGCCGGCCUGGAGGGGACAUAUCAACAUGGAACCAUCUCACCACACCACAUCCUCCCUCCCAGAGCUUGUCCCUGCCAAGAUGAGGCCAUCACUCUUGCUUUUCCAUUGUCAUUAAGUCCUCUAGAAACCCCACGUCAUUAGCUCCAAGGGUAAAUGUGGGCUGAGGAGAAAGACUGAUGGCAGGAAUCUCGGGGUUCCGCGUGACUGGGGGAUAGCCAGUGUAAUCUGGGCUGUCCUUUAUCAGACAACCAGUCAGCCCAGGUUGGAUUUUGAGGUUAUUUUAAGUAUGGAAUUAUUUUUAUAGAAGGGGAAGUUUUAUGUGAACGUCUGUUUGUGUCUUCUUUUUUAUUUUCUCUAAAAGUCGUGUCUCUUUGGGAAUUGGAUUUGAUUUUCAUUAUUUAAUACCUCACUCUGGCCCACCUUCCCCACCAGACACUUCCUGUAUAUGCCUCGCCCUCCCGCCCCAACCCAGACGCUCCCCACGGAAGUGCGUUCUUGUAGCAGCUUGGGCCUCAUCUCAGCCCUCGGUUUCCCCACACCGCCAGUCUCCACCUGGCCUCUGUCUCGUUCUUGGGAUUUUCUGCUGUCCUUGUUUGUGUCUGUCCACAUGUCAGUGUGUUAAAACCCCAGUGGGUUCCGUUUCUCCUUUUUCCCUUCUGGAUUUUAAAUAAAUAUUUAAAACUGAGGCAAUGGAA